AUGUGGAGGCUGGGGGCGGCCAGCGUGGUGGGCACCGCGCGGCGGGCGGCGGCGGCGGCAGGGCAGCGGCGAAGCGGUGGGCCCGGGGCCGCCUUGGCAGCGGAAGCUGCCGCCGCCGGCCGCGGCCGGACGUUCCAUUCCACUUGUGCUUACUUUCAGCAGCAAUUACAACGUUCGUCAGAGGUGAAGAGCAGGACUGUUCGGUUCAUGAAUUUAAGAAAUGCAGGAACUCUGAAUGACACAAGCUCUUUAGAUGAGACCACUUACGAAAAACUGGCUGAAGAAACACUGGACUCCUUAGCAGAUUUCUUUGAGGACCUGACAGAUAAGCCUUUUACCCCAGAAGAUUAUGAUGUCUCUUUAGGGAGUGGAGUUCUAACAGUUAAAUUAGGUGGAGACAUGGGAACAUAUGUAAUCAAUAAGCAAACACCAAACCGGCAGAUUUGGCUGUCCUCACCCACUAGUGGGCCCAAGCGCUAUGACUGGACUGGACGGAAUUGGGUGUAUUCUCAUGACAGAGUAUCCCUUCAUGAACUGCUGUCAAAAGAAUUUUCAACCGCAUUAAAAACUAAAUUGGAUUUGUCCUGCUUAAUAUAUUCUGGGAAAGAAGAUCCUUGCUGAUAUUCUACCUCGUGGAAGUUUAAAGACAUUAACCACAAGCCAAGCCUUUCCUUGGCUUCUGAAGUACCUAAGCUUAAUUCUGUUGUUGUUUCUCUUGACAUCACUAUGUUGUGUAACAAAAAAUGAAAAUAAUAUAUUUUUCUGUAGUGCUCAGUCUUUGGGUUUCUGUGUUACUGCUCGAAUUUGUGUCCACAUAGUACAGGUGGCUGAGGCUGCCAUUUCUUCCUUUCUUACUGCAGCAGUCAGUUGUGAAUUCUUACUGUCUGUACUCUUGUUUGGAUGUAAGGACUGACCCACCUGAUGACUUCUGACCAGCACACAAGCGCUCAGCUUCUUUUGGUGACACGCUCACCCAAAACAAGAAGUGCCUGUGAACUGCAUUGAUGUGAAGCUGUGUCACUGUGAAUGUAUUGCAUUAAAAGCUGCAGCUAUUGCAGUGAGUAGCACAUCGCUGCCAAGUUGAACAUGUCAUACAUAAAAUGCUUCGUUUUCUGUAAUGCAUGUAACAGGAGUUUUUGUCCCACCAUUGGCUCUGUUCUCCAAAUUCUACGUUUUUUUUCUCAUUAGCUUUAUUUUUUAGCUAAACUUUAAACUAGAGGUCUGAGUGGCUGUAAUAUGGAACUGGAAAGGCUCAGCAAUAUCUCUGCAAACACUGCAUUCUGUUACCGUGUUCUUCAAAGAGUAGAAAUACAUAUCAACAUUUUUUUAAGUUGAUAAAAAUUAACAUCCUCUUGUGGUAGCAAAAAUAUAUACUAAUUUUGUUCUGCUGUGUUUCUUACCUCAGUGGGCUCAGACUUUCUUUUUUUUCCACUGUGAUACAACAAUCCUCCACUUAGUACCGAUGAAGCUGCCUCUUUCAGGCUGUUAAAAAACAAGAACAAAAUAAAUUAUGUAUUUCAGAUCUUAAACAAACAAAAAAGGCUUUAAAAGAAAUUGUGAAUUGCAAGAACACCUAAAUACUCACUGUGUUGUAUUAUUACUAACAUUUCACUGGAAGUGGCUCUUGGUUGAUUGUACAUGCUGUUUACAUGUUUUUCAAUCAAAAUAAAAAAUGUAAGAGUUAUCUGAAAUUUAAACUACUGGGUGAGGUAAACACUGUCUAGCAAGUCAUAGGAGUACAAGAGAAAAAGAAUUUUUUUUUUUUUAACAAAGGAAAGCUAAACAGAGCUUUUUUUCUUCUAUUUUGAAUUUAGAACACUGAAAAGAAUUUGCAGGGUAUAGAAAACAAUACUUUUCAGCUCAGUCUCCUAGUAGUUUAAACACAUUUGUAUAGAUGUUAAUGACUUGAUAGU